UGAAAAGGCAUUUGUCGUACGUUUUCAUUACAUUUCAUUAGUUUUUUAUAAUUUCUAUUUAAAUCACAUUUAAUUAUAAUUACAAUAAUGUGUUCAACAGUGGAGUUGUCGUCGAUUAUCACCAAACAGUUGCCACACAUUGAUAAGCACUUAACCGAUUAUAUCAUUGGAGUGCUCACUUGCGAUACGUUUGAAUCCGUGGAUGAGAUCUGCGAAGCCAUCGGCGAAGUAUUGCAGUCGUGUUGUGAUGACUACGAAAACCUAUCCAUUGAAGACAUUUGCGGUCAACUCUUUGACGCCAUCAAUGUGAGCGAUGGCACCAGUAAUGGUGACGCGUCUAAACAGCGUCUCUUAGCUCCGGUCCAUUUGGGUUCAAUGGUGUCACGACUGGACGACUCGGCCGACGACUGGAAGUCCAUCUGGACGUCGGGUAGGGAUAAGACAUCGACUGUGGACAUGAAGAAGUUGUCGAAGGCUGAGGCGAAACUCAAACAAAAGGCCGACAAAAGGGAUACCAAUCAAUCGGAUUUCAAACCAGUCAUUCAAAUGAUUAAAGAGGCGACAGCCAAUCAAAUGAUGUCUAAGAAGGACGUGAAGUCGGAGGCGAGGGGUAGUAAUAAGACCAAAGACAUAAAGAUCGACAACUUUGACGUGGCUUUCGGUGAACACGUUCUCCUCAAAUCAGCUCAACUCACACUCGGCUACGGGCGCCGGUAUGGUCUGUGCGGUCGCAAUGGUAUCGGAAAGUCAACGCUACUUCAUAUGAUAUCCAACCGAUCGCUUGUGAUUCCGUCGCACAUCUCUAUACUACAUGUGGAACAGGAGGUGAUCGGCGAUGAGACCAAAGCCAUCGACUCUGUGCUCGAGUGCGAUGUCGUCCGAAAUGAUUUGAUUAAAGAGGAGAAGUUGUUGUCAGCGAUGACCGAUCCAACAGCCGAACAAACGGAUCGCUUAAGUGAAGUCUACCAACACUUGGCUGCUAUCGAAGCCGAUAAGGCACCGGCCAGAGCUUCAAUCAUACUGUCCGGUCUGGGAUUUACACCCGAAAUGCAAAAUCGUGAGACAAAAGCCUUUUCCGGCGGUUGGAGAAUGAGAAUAGCUUUAGCUCGGGCUCUGUUCUCGAGGCCAGACCUACUCCUUCUGGACGAACCGACAAACAUGUUGGACAUGAAAGCCAUCAUUUGGUUGGAAACAUAUCUCAUCAAUGAUUGGGAGUCAACACUGUUAGUGGUGUCACACGACCGCACAUUCUUGGCGUCUGUGCCCACAGAUGUACUGCACUUCCAUUCGCAACGUCUUGACAAUUAUAGAGGAAAUUACGAGCAAUUCGUUAAAUCCAUGACUGAAAAGCUCAAGAAUCAGUUGAGAGAAUACGAGGCACAACAGGCAUACAAACAACACGUCCAGGAGUUUAUCGAUAAGUUUAGAUAUAACGCCAAAAGGGCUUCACUGGUUCAGAGCAAAAUCAAAGCACUGGAACGACUCGAAGAAGUGGAAGCCGUGGAAAGAGAGCCGGAGGUAGUGUUAAGAUUCCCAGAGCCGGAGGCGCUGACACCACCGAUCCUGCAGUUGGAUGAGGCGACCUUUGCCUAUGAAAAAGGGAAUAUUAUUCUCAAUAAAAUCAAUUUAAACACAAAUCUCGAGUCGAGAAUAUGUAUUGUCGGUGAUAACGGAUCCGGAAAGACAACACUUUUGAAGCUAUUGACCGGUGAUUUAGAGCCAUCGAGUGGCAUACGACACGCGCACAGGAAUCUGGCCAUUGGUUACUUCAGCCAACACCACGUGGACCAACUGUCCAUGAAUAUGUCUCCCCUACAGUUUAUGGCUUCCAAAUAUCCAGGAAAGCCUGAGGAGUAUUAUCGCAGAUAUUUAGGUGGCUUUGGUAUCACCGGUGAUCUAAGUCUACAAUCUUUGGCUUCACUAUCUGGUGGACAAAAAUCGAGAGUCGCCUUCGCUAUCAUGACACUCACCAACCCGCAUUUACUAAUACUAGACGAACCGACCAAUCAUUUAGAUGUGGAGACUGUGGAAGCGUUGGCCAAAGCGCUCGACAAAUACAAGGGAGGAGUGAUUUUGGUGACACACGACCAGCAGCUCAUUGAACUCGUGUGCAAAGAGCUCUGGUAUUGCAAUAACAAGAGUGUCACCUGUCUUGAGGGUGGGUUCGCUCAGUACAGGCAUAUAAUCGAAACCGAUUUGGCGAACAUUAGAUAAGAAUUUCCAUGUGAUUAGCAUCUAUUAAACAUUAAGUUAUUUAAGAGUUUUCGAUAUUUAAGUCCCAAAUAAUACUUUUUAAAAAUACUUUUCCUAUUUAUCUGAACUGUUUCUCUAAUUCUCA